AUGCAGUUUCGACAGCUGCAAGAAAAUGACACAAUUCGAUUUGGUAUUCCCAUUCAAAAAGGAUCGGAAACCUUCCCGCCUUGUGAGGUGAAGGUAUCACUCUUCCACGGUUCACAAGAUCCCAAAGAACGACCCGUAGUAUUCAGAGUUCCGGAUUCCUCUGACGAGGAGGAUGGAACUAGUGAUGUUGAUGAGGCCGUUGAGACUAGCGUCUCGCUCAUUCAAAAUGCCGGCAUGACUCUCGAUGACCCUCAAAAGAUUGGAGCUAUUGAUCUCACAAGUGAGGAGCAUACUGGUCUGCCAGAUACCGACGACCCCAAUGUAACCAUCGAGGUACCUGAAUUAUCUACUCCGGGGCAUCAGGAACCUGACAAUUUACAAUUUCAACAGCCCUCCAUUUCCUGGCCUGACGAGGCUGAGGAACUUGAAGGCAACGAUGACGCUUGUAGUCCACCAGAAUCCGCUUCCUCUUCCAUCUUUGACUCCGAUGAUGAGGACUUCUCUGAAAUUGCUGCAACGGGAGGUUCUGUUGGAAUGGAAACUGAAGAAUCCGCCGAUGCUUCGCAUAUGGAUGCCACUCUUUAUCUCGCCGAAGCAGAUAUACGCGAUAGCCUGAGCCCAGGCUUGGCCCCAUCUCACCUGCGGACUUCAUCUGGUCGAGGAUUCGAUAUACUCCCUCCACUUGCCGUUACCCAAACUGCGCAGCCUGGCGACAUUCAUCUGCCAUCUCUUUUUGACGCGAUCCCUUCGUCUUCUUACCACUCGCUACACUUCGAUAAGGAGGUAUCCGCGGAAUCGCUGGGGGCAAAGUCUGGGAAAUCUGAAUACUUUGAAGCCCGCGAACAUAACCGUCGAAUCUGCCUCGGCCGAGAGGAAAACAAGGAAAACGACUUUCCAACGAGUUUUCAGCAGUUGGACAAGGCGAUGGAGAGCUCGAUACCACCUUUGCAGCAUACCAAUAUACUCACCACAGGACUACCUCACAACUGCACAAGCGAUUUGGAUACUGCGGCACUGCUAGCUUCUGGUGAAAAGUUUCUGCGAACGCCUGUUGCUGAGUUCAACGCAAUGCCGUCCAAGGAGGAUAACCUAGACGACACUUCUGCAUACACAUUUGAAUUGAGUAAAAGAGGCGCAGAGUUGGUGGAAAAAGUUCAACCUCGGAUGAUGACGGACUUCACUACAUGGGGGGAAAAAGACAAGCCAGUCCCGGAAUCACGCCCAGAAUACUCAGAAGAGGCACCUAGAACAAACCAACAUUCUUUCAAGAGAAAGUCUGACGCAAUAUCCGAGCUUUUACCAAAUGAGACUGAGCCAAACUCGUCACAGACCAUUGGCCAGACCUCCACGAGACUGACUGGACCUGCAUCCAACGCAGCGCAACUCGCCGAAGUACCCCAGGUCGAGCUUUCAUCGGUCGAUGUUGCUGACCACCGUCCGGCAAAACGCUUUCGACGAGUUGCCGAGGUGGUUGGUUACGCUGCACUUGGGGGCAUUGCAGUCAUGUCUGCCUUGAUUGCUACUGCGCCUGUAUUGUGA